AGAGAGAAAAAAAAAAACAGAAACGGGGAUAGAGAGUUCCAUGGUUUAUCAGUAAAGGUGUUUGGAUAGACUAAUUAAAUAUUCCCCAGGUAAGCAGUGCGUGAUUAACAUAUUCACUCACCUGUCUUAAUUAACUGGCCGCCUUCUAAUUAACAGGGACAUCGAUAUGCUAGUGAUAAAAAAUAGAGGAGGUAAGAGGAGGAGGAAGAAUAGGAGGAGUAGGAGAAACAUGUGUAAUUUAAGAGGAUCAAGUGUUGUUAUCUCGCUCUUCAGUGUCUAAGAGGCUAUUAUAAAGAGGACUCAAGAGGAGGAGAGAUACAGGUGACAAAAUGAGACAAAACAAGUAUGACAAACUGAUCCGCGUGUGUGUUUAUGUGCGUGUGUGUGACUAAAGAGGAAACCAAGAGGAAAGAGGAACUAAGAGGAAAGAGGACGAAAUGAGAGGAAUGUGACAAAAUGAGACAAAAAACAGGAAUUAUGUGUAGUGAGUACGUGAACUGAUUCUGUAUGUGUGUAUGUACUUAAGAGGAACCAAGAGGAACUAAGAGGAAAUUAUGACAAAAUGAGACAAAAUAAAAUAAGAGGAAUAAUGGAUAGUGUAUAUAUCUAACCUAACCCUGUGUCUGUAUUUGCGUGUGUACUUAAAGAGAAAACAAGAGGAAGUAAGAGGAAAAAGGACAAACCAAGAGGAAAAUAUGACAAAAUGAGACCAAAGGAGAAGAAUAAUGGGUAGUGUGUAUAGAUAAACUAACCCUGUGUAUGUAUGUGCGUGUGUACUUAAGAGGAACCAAGAGGACACCAAGAGGAACGCCUGCCGAUCAAGAGGAAGGUGUUGUGGUGGAGGUGGAAGGGUGUGAAGUCAAAGGAAUGGCAUAUAGACUGUACCACCACCACCACCACUACCACCACCUCCACCAGUACCUCCACCACCACCAGUACCUCCACCAUUCUCCUCCACCCCAACUAUGAUGGCCUCCACCUCCCUCCCUGUGCUGGUCUCAUCCCCUGCUGAAGACCCGGAGAACCUGUCGAGUGUGUACGAGUGCAGCCAAGACUCAGGACUCACUGCCAACCUGUCCCAGUUCGAGUACCCUUACCGCAUGAAGACCUGGGUACCCAUCACCUGGCGAGAGAUCCUCAAGGUGGCAACGUACUUGAUCGUGUUCCUGGUGUCUUUAGUGGGUAACCUGCUGGUGAUGCUCGUGGUGUGCUACAAUAGACACAUGCGUUCGUCCACCAAUCAGUACCUGGUGAACCUGGCUGCUGCUGACCUGCUGGUGACGCUGGUGUGCAUGUGGGUGCAUAUCGUGAGGCAUCUGUCAUACCCACACUACGUCCUGCCGGCCUAUGUGUGUAAACUGGAUGGAUUUGUGCAGACCACUACUCUACUGGCGAGCGUGCUGACCCUCACCGUGAUCAGCGUGGGGAGGUUCGUGGCUGUCAUGUUCCCGCUGCACGCCCGCACCUCGCCAGACAGGGCCAACAGAGUGAUAGCGGCUGUCUGGAUCGCCUCGGCCCUCAUCGCUUGUCCUAUCUUAUUCUACAGGAAGCUUUAUAGUAUUCAGUGGGCAAACUUCACAACAUGGCAGUGUGAUGAGUUUUUCCCCACUGAGAAGGAGUACGUGGAGGAUGAAGGACGCUGCGAGGUUAUAUAUGAUGCUAAGAACCUGUUUUACACUAUUCUUAUCAUCGCCCUCUUCUUCCUGCCCGUCGCCAUCAUGAUCAUUAAUUACAGCCUGGUGGUGUGGACUCUGUGGGGAGCCAAGCAGCCAGGGGAGCAGCAGUCGGCCGCCACUCGUAACAUGGCGACGAAGGCGAAGAAGAGGGUGGUGAAGAUGGUAACGGUGGUACUUUUGGUCUUCGUCAUCUGCUGGACGCCUCUACUCACCCUCAUCCUCUUCAGCUUAAACCACCAGGGGCAUUUGCCGGAAUGGUUUUCUUCGCUGGAGUUUGCUGCAUACUUCAUCGCCUACUCCAACUCCGCCCUCAACCCGAUCAUCUACUGCGGGUUCAACACAAGCUUCAGACAGGGGCUAGUGGCGCUGCUCUCCUGCCGCCACGCCGCCACAGGAAGGAUAUACCACAGGAGACACUGGAUGGGCAUGACAGGCGGCACGCGAGACACCACCAUGGGAUGCUCAGGCCCCGAACCAGCCGUCCUGCUCGAACUCAGCUCCCUCAGGAGAAACAGAGUUACGCAGAGAAGCUCCCUCACGCCGUCACACAGCGGGCGUCACCUCUUUUCAGGGUCCAGCAAAGAGUUACGGGCCGCAACGCACUGUGAUGCCGCCCACGACCAUGGCUGCAAGGUGUGUGACGGCAUGGGAUCCGCGCCUCUGCACACCACUACAGGCAUUCAUCUACUGAAGAGCGACGCUUCUCUAGGCGGGCAGAACGGGAGUAAGCUAAGCACAAGGGCGUCUUCCUCCUCCGGGGACAGCGUGGGGCGGGGCAUAUGCGGCUGCUGUAGGAGGCACGGCAAGAGGAGGUCCCGCCUGCCGCUAUACCACGAGAAUGAGAUCUAUGAAGUGAAUGACCUGCCGGAGGGAUUAGCGGUGAAGGGCAAGGAGGAGAUCGUGUGAGGAGUGACAGGGGAAGGUCUAGCUGUGUCUUACCUUGCGUCACGUCACCUCACCUCGCGUCACGUCACGUCACGUCAUCUUCUCCUGCUGUGUGGCUCGUCAUUGUCAUCACCACCUGCAGUUACUGCCAUUGUUGUUACUGUUAUUGUUGUUGUUGUUGUUACUGUUAUUAUUAUUAUUAUUAUUAUUAUUAUUAUUAUUAUUAUUAUUAUUAUUAUUAUUAUUAUUACUACCAUUACUACUACUACUACUACUACUACUACUACUACUACUACUACUACUACUACUACUAAACUGUUACUUAUUAUAUAAUUAUUAUUAAUCAAUACUCCCUAAGUGAAAUUUGCUCUACUAUUAUUAUUGUUGUUGUUUUUAUUGUUAUUAUUAUUAUUAUCAUUAUUAUUAUUAUUAUUAUUAUUAUUAUUAUUAUUAUUAUUAUUAUUAUUUUUUAUCAUUAUCACUAUCAUUAUUAUCAUUACCACCACCACCACCAUCAUCAUCAUCAUCAAUAUCAUUCACUCAUUCAGUCAUUCAUUGAAUCACUUUCCUCACAGCUCUCGUCCACUUUCCACGUAUCUAAGUGUGUCAUAUGACCUUAUUCUGAAACACUUCAGCGCUGCACCUCCACUGCAUUCAAGAGGCUCUAGUUGAAGUGACACGUGCUUUUAGGAGUGUUCCAGUGACAGAUGAACAGGAUUUUUACAUGAAUAACAGAAGAAACAUUCGUGAGAACUCGGCUAGUCAUCUCUGUAGCCUUGGAAAACAGUCGUGGUGAGAGCAAAGAGUUUCUAAAUAACAGCCAUUAUUCUCACGUACAGUCACGACCCAGAAUGUUCACCUGCCGUUUUCUUUUCCACUAAUAACCGUGCCAUCUGAACCGGAAGUCCGAGGAGCUGCCUGCCUUGCUAAACCUGAGAAGUGAAGGGUUCCGAGAGCAGAAAACGUGAGACAAGGCCAGUAUUCCAAACGCUUUGCUCUUUCGCUAUCACUGCUUUCCAAAGGCUCUUGUUGAAGAUACUCGCGUUUUUAUGGGUAUUUUUUAUAGUUCCAGUCAUGGAACUAUAACAAAUACCAGGGUUAUAGAAUAGAAACUGCCUUGAAAACCCGGCUGGUCUCGUGUUUUUAGAGUAUUUUUUAUGGUUCUAGUGAUAGAAUGGCAAGAUUUUCACGUUACAGAGCCGAAUCUGUCAUGAAUACCUGGCUAGUCGUCUCUGCGGUCUUGAAAAACUGUCGUGGUGAGAAAGCAAGGUGUGUAGAAGGAUUUUUUUCAUGAUUCUAGUGAUGGAAUGGCAAAGAUUUUUAAGUUAUAGAGCCGAAAUUGUCAUGAAAACCCGGCUUGUCAUCUGUGUGGUCUUGGAAAAAUUGUGGCGAGAGAGCAAGGCGUUUGAAGUGUAUUUUUAUGGUUUUAGUGAUGGAUUGACGAGAUAUCUUGGUUAUUUAUAGGAGAAACUGUCAUGAAAACCCGUCUAGUCAUCUCUGUGGUCUUGGAAAAAUUGUGGUGAGAAAGCAAGGCGUGUCUGAGCUUAAAGGAACACGUUUUAGUGGGAGUAAGAACGUCAUGUGGCAAAACUUGUGGCCGCGACUGCACGUACAUAGCUACACACACCACCGCCUCACUGCACGUACAUGUGUAUACCGCGUGGUUGGUGUAGUCAUUGGUGUGCGCCAUGUGUACCUUCUAUGUAGAUGUCAGCUCCACUCUCUCUCUCUAGGUGUUCAAAGUCAUGUGUAUGUAUGUAUGUUUGUAUGUAGGUUUGUGUAUACACCCAUCUUAUGAAAAAAAAGAGGAAAAUGUAAUAAAAAGUUGCAUGAUUUAUUUUCUUUAUUUCUUUUUUUUUUCUCAGAUUGUUGUGUUUUGACUGUGAGGAGUGGAGAAGAAAUGUCAUGUGGAUAUAUAUUAUUUUUUGAGUGCAGUAAUAUAGUCUCUCUCUCUCUCUCUCUCUCUCUCUCUCUCUCUCUCUCUCUCUCUUUCUAACGAUCUAACCUUUUUAUCGCUAUCUAUUUGUCUAUUUAUCUAUCUAUCUACCUGUAUUUUUCUUGGCCAGUCUUCAGAACACGUUAAAAAAUGUAUAUAUAGUGAAAAUAUGUCCUUACACACACACACACACACACACACACACACACACACAGAAUCAAGUCACGUGAUGGUUUGGGAGUGGAUUUACAUGUAUAUUGAUGUGUUUAUAUAUUUCUUCCCUGGUAAGAUUAAGGAGAUACUUGGUCACGUUUCGAACCAGACUUUGAAGCUACGGUUGACAACAUAAAGGAAAUUGUUUGAAGCUGCGUCAGGUCAACAUGUGACAGUCCCAUUUAGAAGAGAUUUUCUUUUUUUUUUUUUUUUUUUUGUGUAAAGAAAAUAAAGAAAAUGCAAGUUUAUUCCUUCUCUACGUACAUUAACUGGUGUAAGUAAAGAAUAAAUGAAACUUUGGGAAGAAUUCCGUCAUUUUCAUGUAAUAUUUGAGAUGGAAAAGGGGGAAAAAAAAAUAUUGUAUAUACUUUCCGCUCUAUCAGUUAAAACUUCACGAGAGAGUGCACGGAUGAAGCGUAAGUGAAGCUUCGAAGCAGUGUUGAAGGCGGACCGAUUCACCACUGCCCGCCCUGCUUCCCGCUGUGUCACGUAACCUUGGAUUAUACACGUGGAAAUAAAGCUGUGUUCUGU